UAUCCUCCCUUAAACUCAGCGCAGACCAAAGAAGACCAGAGUGUUUCGGACACAAAAGAUCUCAAAUCAGACAAGUUUAAUUUUUAAUCUUCUUCUUACCACAACGUUGUUUGACUUCCAAAAGAAAAAAAAAAUCUUCAGAUAGAUUCCGACAGGAUAAAUCUUCUUCCCUUUCAGAUCUCCAAACUCCAACAGAUCUGCUGCAAAAAAUGGCGGUUACUUCCUGAUCUCAAGAAGCAAAAGAAAGAAAGAAGAACCCAUCUGCUAGCCUUGGUUGCACUCUUUAAUGGCGGGUUUUCAAAAAGGCAAGUCCUUUCUCUUCUUCGUCUCGUUUAGUGUUCUUUUCCUUUCGCCGAUCGUAACCGCCUCCGAGUCCGAUCCGGUAGUGCCCUACGAGAACUCAGAUUCUAGGUUGCAUAGACUCGAGGAGCUCGUUAGGAAUCUCACGGAAGCAGUAUCUAGACUAAACGCUAAGCUGUCCGAAACCAAGAAACACGAGAUCAGUGUUAAAGAGAGCAGCGGUAAGAAGGCGUUUUCGGUGACGAAUCACAGUCCUUUCUGGUCCGAGAGAUUCGAGUUCACCUCCGCCGUGAAGCUAAACUCCGACGCGAUCACGUGUAUCAACGUGCUGCCCUUUAGAGACCACGAGGGUUUAAGCAAGUACUUCGCCGUCGGGGACUCGAGUGGGAGCCUCUACGUGUUCUUGAGAAACGGCGACGUUUUGGUCGAGUUUUCAACCGGGUGUGAUUCGCCGGUCACCGCGAUGGUUUCUUACGUGUCUUCUGUGUAUAAGAACGAGAGCUUCGUGGUGACGGGGCAUCAAAGUGGGGCCGUCUUGUUGCAUAGACUCAGAGAGGGCUCUGAUUCGAGUUCAGCUUCGAUGGAGAGUGUUGGUAGAUUCGAUGGCACUGAGGAUGGUUUGGAAGUAACGCUAUUAGAAGUGCAUCACGUGGGUCGUGUUAGGUACAUAUUAGCGACCGAUCUCACCGGAAAGCUCACUGUUUUCACCGAGAACAGAACGGUUCACGGCUCGGUAACCCCCGCGAGCAGACCACUCGUCUUCUCGAAGCAGAGGCUGUUGUUUCUCACCGAGACUGGCGCUGGUUCGCUAGACUUGAGAACCAUGAAGAUCAGAGAAUCAGACUGCGAAGGUCUGAACAGCUCUCUAGCGAGAACUUACGUUUUCGACGCGUCGGAGCGGUCAAAGGCUUACGGAUUCACAUCGGAAGGCGAAGUCAUCCACGUGUUGCUCCUCGGCGACGUCGCGAACUUCAAAUGCAGAGUGAGGUCAAAGAAGAAGAUUACUCAGAUACUACAAGAAGAGCCCGUUGCGUUGCAAGCCAUCAAAGGCUACCUCGUGCUAGUCAGCGAAGAGAAAGUGUUCGUAUACAACGUAUCGACACAACACUACGUUAGAACCACGGGACCACGGCUUCUCUUCCCCGCUGCGUUAGAAGAUCUCAGGUCGACGUUCUUGAGACAUCGAUCUACAACCAAGUUUGUAAAUAAGGUUGCUCCUUUGAUAGCAAGCGACCGGGAGAAGCUUCUUGUGAUGAGUUUAGGCGAGGGAUACGUGGCUACGUACAAGUCAAAGCUUCGGAGUUCCAAAGGAGAAGUCAGCACGAUGCUUUGGAGCAGUCCCGUCUUCUUCUUUCUACUGUUUUUAUUCGGCGCGUGGCAUUUCUUCGCUAAGAAGAAAGAGUCUCUCACGGCUUGGGGACCUGACGAUUCUUCUUUCGCAUCCUCUUCUUCUUCUGCAACAACAGAACGUGCUUUCUCUGAGCCAUCGUCUAGGAGAAACAACGAUGAUCUGAUGGAUAUUAGAAGAAGAUAUGUUUCUCCAUCACGUUACCGUCCUGGAGCAGCAGCAGGUACUUAUAGGUCAGUUGCUUCUAAUGAACCGACCUCGAGAGCGACGGUUGAUGCUACAAACUAUAGAGCAACCGGGCAGGAGAUGAAGUAUCGUGGUGGGUCAGGGCUUGAUUCUUCAGGUGGUGGGUUUGGUAAUAGAAGAGAGAGUUUGUUUGGUAAUAACAAAGCUUUAGACAACGAAAGUUGAUGACUUUUUUUUUUCUAACGUUUUGCCACUUUUUUUUUGGUUACCGGUUAACGCUUGAAGUUUUUUUUUUUGUAUUUUGUAACACUCCGGCGAGAAAAUAAUGUUUAUACCGGUAGCUUUUUUUCUUUCUCCGGACACAUCUUGUUUAGUCAAACUCUUGUAGAAUUGAAUCGUUGAGUAA